CAGUGACGCAAUCAUUAUGCGCGCUGCGCUAGGAGGCGGUGGCGGAUGCCUCUUCGAAACAGAAAACUGUCUUUUACCUAGGACUUGGUUUUUCUCUCAUCCUGCUAAAAAACAGCUGUCAGGAUGCCAAAGAAGUUCCAGGGCGAGAACUCCAAGGCGGCCACUGCCAAAGCCCGCAAGGCUGAGGCCAAGGCAGUAGCAGACGCCCGUAAGAAGAAGGAAGAAGAAGACGCUCUCUGGGAAGAAACAGACAAACAUGUACUUAAAAAAGAGCAGAGGAAGGACGACAAAGAGAAGAGGAGGUUGGAGCUUCUUGAGAGGAAAAAGGAAAACCAGCGGCUCCUGGAUGAGGAGAACGCCAGGAUAAAAGGAAAAGCACAGAAGGAGGCAGCAGCUGCUGGAAAAGUGACUCGUGCUCAAAUUCAGGAGAUACUUCAAAAUGACCAGCAGCAAGAACUGGAGAUUAAGCCGAAAGAGAAAAGCCACCUGGAGACUCCUCUGGAGGAGAAUAUUAACAGAGUCAUAGCUGAAGAAGGAAGUAUGGAAGCCCGAACAAUCGAGGAGGCCAUCUCUGUGCUCAGCACGGGGCCGGAAGACCUGGACCGCCAUCCGGAGCGGCGGAUGAAAGCAGCUUUUACUGCCUUUGAGGAAGCAAACAUGCCCCGACUAAAAAUAGAGAACCCCAACAUGAGGUUGUCGCAGCUAAAGCAACAGCUGAAAAAAGAGUGGGGCAAAUCUCCUGAGAACCCUCUGAACCAGCGUUUUGCCUCCUACAACUCGAAGUGAAUUUAUCUUUUUCACAAUGUCGCAUGGAAAGAGACUUUGAUUUGAAAAACUAAAAAAUUCACUGAAAAAAACAAAGUGUCAGGGAUGAUGCUUCAUCAGCAAUCACCCAGCAACACCUUAUCCUGUGCCAGAGGACUUGACUCUUUUGUUUAAUUUAGUAGUAAGAGGAACUGCUUUUCAUCUCCCAAAAUAACAACUGUUUAUCAUGUUUCUGAACAUGGGCUUUAAUGAGGCAACUCAGCAUCUCAUUAAUUAAAUUACUUAUUCUUUAGCCCUUCUGGGAAGGUGGGAAGCCAGAUGUUUUGGGAAUAACUUAUUAAAGUUCACGGCUGAAUCAUCAA